AUGCCUACCAAGAAGCCGUGUACCAGGAAGUCGGUUCUGAAACUCCUCAUUACCAAGUUGAAGGAGAUUGAGUUGGCCUUCAACGAUAUCUGGCGUUUCACGGAGAAAAUCCAGGAAACAACGACCGCUACUCAGAUCAAUCUACGAUUGGAGAAAAUCGACGAACUGUGGGAGAGGUAUGGUGCUACUCUCGUCGAGCUUAAAUCACAAGAUGACUUCGACGAUGAAAACGACGAAUUCGAGAUACAAAGACAGGAAUUUAGCGACCGUUACUAUCAAGCAAAAUCCAUAUUAAUAGAUCAGGCUAGGGAAAGGCAGGGACCUACAUCGUUGAAUCAAUCCAUCCUUGGUGCUGAACCAUCAGUAACAGCUACGCUUGAUCACGUUCGUCUUCCGCAGAUUAAGCUGCAAUCUUUCAACGGGGAGAUAGACGAGUGGUUGAGUUUCCGGGACUUAUUCACUUCCUUGAUCCACUGGAAGACGGAUCUUCCAGAGGUAGAAAAGUUCCACUACUUGAAGGGAUGUCUGCAAGGGGAACCGAAGACGUUGAUCGAUUCGUUGCAGAUCACCGCUGCCAAUUACCAAGUUGCAUGGGCUAUGCUGUUGAAGCGGUACAACAACAGCAAGCAACUGAAGAAACGCCAAAUCCAAUCUCUCCUCAAGUUACCCAUCCUAUCCAAGGAAUCCGUUAACGAGUUGCAUAGUCUUGUUGAAGGAUUCGAAAAGAUUGUGCAAACGUUGGACCAGAUUGUACAACCGGUUGACUAUAAGGAUCUCCUCUUGGUUAAUCUGUUGACGUGUCGUCUAGAUCCAUCCACUCGCCGGGGUUGGGAAGAGUUUUCUUCGACCCAGGAACAGGACACCCUCAAGGAACUUCUCGAAUUUCUCCAACGGGGAGUUCGCAUAUUGGAAUUCUUACCAUCCAAGACUGCAGAUCCUAUGAAAUCAUCAAAUCAGCCACAACCAACAAGGCAAAAGAGCACUGCAGUCAGGACUAGCCUCAACACUGUACAAGCGUCCGGAUGGUGCUGUUUAGCCUGCUCGGGAAAUCAUCCACUGUUCCAAUGGGGCACAUUCCAACGAAUGUCAGUGACGGAUAAGGAUUCGUUACUGCGGUCUCAUUCGUUGUGUAGGAACUGCUUCAGACAGGGACAUCAGGCAAAGGAAUGUCAGUCGAAGUACUCGUGUCGGAAUUGUAAGGGUCGACACCACACGUUGGUCUGUUUUAAACCUGAUAGGGACUCCAACUCCAAGACAUCAACUAAAGGCAGCAACGUAUCCAAGGAAGCUUCGGAAUCCAAUCAAUCCUCGAAACAUUUAGCAUCCUCUUCCACUUCUCAAGUAGUUAAUCUGACAGCUACUGACAGCUUGGUGGCAGGUACAGCCCACCAAUGCUCAUCCAAGGUUUUGCUGGCAACAGUGGUUGUCAUAGUUCAGGAUGAUGACGGCAAUCGGAUUCCAGCUCGAGCUCUUCUAGACUCUGGAUCGGAGAGCAAUUUUAUCUCAGAGCGCCUCAGCCAGCGUCUGAAGAUAACUCGCCGAAGGGUGGAUAUUUCGGUUCUUGGCAUUGGUCAGGCAGCUACCAAGGUCAAGCAACAAGUCUCAGCAAUGGUUCGAUCACGGUUAUCGGAGUAUUCACGCCAAAUGAACUUCCUAGUUCUGCCGAAGGUUACGGUGAACCUGCCGACUACCACCAUCAACACAUCCGGUUGGACACUUCCAGAAGGAAUCGAACUUGCUGACCCAUCGUUCUGUAUAUCCUCAGGGGUGGAUAUCGUCCUGGGGAUAGAAGCAUUCUUCGACUUUUUCGAAACGGGUAGGAAAAUUUCACUUGGAGAGCGACUUCCAGCGUUACACGAUUCAGUCUUCGGCUGGGUAGUCAGUGGAGGAUAUACCGAAGGCAACCAUAGUAUGCAAAUCAACUGCAACAUGGCAACAACGGAUCGUUUGGAGGAGCUACUAUCCCGGCUUUGGUCCAUAGAGGAGGUUGAGUUGAUCAACAACUUUUCUCCAGAAGAAUCCCGCUGUGAAGCAAUGUUUGCGAGUACUGUGCAGCGUGGAGCGGACGGCCGCUAUUCUGUUUCCCUACCCAAAGACGAAAACGUCAUUUCUCGGUUGGGCGAAUCUAUGGAGAUCGCAUUCCGACGUUUUCAAGGUACCGAGCGUAGACUAUCCAAGGACGCUAACCUACGGGAACAGUACGUUGCAUUUAUGGAGGAGUACGUGCAAUUAGGUCACAUGCGGAAGGUCGAAGGAGAACAAGGAUCCAUUAAACGCUGCUUUCUUCCACAUCAUCCGGUGGUGAAGGAGGCCAGCACCACCACCAAGGUCCGCGUGGUGUUCGACGCAUCUUGUAAAACGUCUACGGGAUUGUCGUUGAACGAUGCAUUGCUGGUAGGGCCAGUAAUACAGCAAGAUCUUCGAUCCAUCAUCCUUCGUUGCUGCACGAAGCAAAUCAUGUUAGUCGCCGACGUGGAAAAAAUGUUCCGCCAGAUCUUCGUUAUUUCCAUAGAUCGACCACUCCAAUCCAUCUUCUGGCGUCCAUCACCAUCAGAGGAGGUAGGCAGUUACGAGCUGAACACUGUCACUUACGGAACGAAACCAGCUCCGUUCCUAGCAACUCGCACACUCAACCAGUUGGCAAUGGACGAAGGCGAUCGAUAUCCACUGGCAGUUGCUGCGAUUACCGAAGAUACGUAUAUGGAUGACGUGAUCACGGGCUGCGAUACUCUGGAGGAGGCCAAGAAGCUGCAGAUUCAGCUAGACGGAAUGACGAGCAGCGGUGGUUUUCGGCUCAGAACAUGGGCAUCGAACUGUGCAGAAGUCUUGCACGGAAUUCCCGAAGAGAAUCUUGCGAUCCGUGCAUCCGAAGGAAUCAAUCUCGAUCCAGAUCCUUCCGUCAAGGCGAUGUACAACGGCGUGCUAACGCUGAAGCUGCCCAAAGAAGUUGAGAUCGUUGACUUUGCGGCCGACGACGUUGUCUUGACGGUAACAGGCGAGACGCUGGAAGACGUGGAAGUGUUGGCGACCGAUGCUAUCGACACGCCAUAA